CAAACAUCCAGCAUUUGAAAUGGGUUGGCGGCAGCUCUUCUUGGUGAUCGCCGCCAUAGCGCUGUUGGCACAUGGCACCUCUAGCCAAGCAGUAGAUGCGCAAACUCCACCCAUUGACUUUGGCGAUCUAGAGGCUUUGUCCUUUGCCGAGCCAACGGCAUCGGAGAAGCAGAGGAAUCAAAUGGACGUGAUGGUGAUCGUCGGCACGGUCACGGCCACCACCGCCCGCGUCAUCUACGAACCCCUCGUGAAUGACGAGUCGUCCAUCACACUGUCCUUGAUCCUGCACAAGGGUCCGCGUACCAACGACGUCGUGGUCAAAACGCUCACGCAUCUGCAGUAUCAAUCGUUCCCGUAUGCCGCCGCCUUUGAUACGCUCGUUCCCAACUCGACGUACUUUGUGCACGUCCAAGUGGGGACGUCUCCAUCCCCCACGUACGUCGCCGUCGCUCGCUUCCGCACGCCGCCGCUCGACAUUUCCAACGACAAGCUGGUGGUGCUGGCGUUGUCAUGCGAUCGAUUUCUGGACGACGCCGACGACUCGCACUGGGCCACCUUGGCUGAGGAGGUGCGGGACCCCGCGUACUAUGGCACGGUGCACACCGGGGACCAAAUCUACGCCGACAGCCUCGAGGUGUCGUUUCGGCGGGCGGCCAACUUCGACGCCACAUUGCAUGCGUACCGAGGUCUGUACCGCCGCGCUUUUGGCCGGCCGCUGGCUCAGCGCGUACUUCGCCAUGGCGCGCAUUACAUGCAAGUGGACGACCACGACAUCGUGAGCAACUGGAGUGGCGACACGUGGUACUCGCAUCAUGUGAUGAUGCGGGCUGGGCUCCAGGCGUACUUUGAGUACCAAUAUCAACUGCUGAGUGACUGGACCAACGUGCCACCAUGUCAAUCUGGGCCAAAGGAAGAACUGUACCGUACAGUGUACCACCACGUGACACUGGGCGACCACCAAUUGCAGCUCGUGUUUGCCGACACGAGGUUCGAACGCGGCCUCACCUUGUCCACCAACCAACUGGUGAGUUCGUCCCAGCUUUCGUUUCUAAACUCAACGUGGGCCGAGAAUGCAUCGAUGCGAGUGCUGUUUACGUCCGUCCCGCUGUUCUUUCACACAGCCAUGAGCGCCGCCAUUGCUCACUUUGUCGAUGGCGAAUUGUAUCCUGGCCACGCAUACUUUACGUCGACGGUGCAAGCCAUAUGGAGCCAACUCCCCGCCAAGACCUUGCUUUUAGUCGCCGGUGACUUGCAUAUGGCUCAACGUGCGACAGUGUGCGACGCGUCCGCCAAGUGUGUGCCGCAGCUCAUCGCGAGUGGAAUCACUCAGCACUCGACGGCCAUGGAGGAUCGGAGGCUCCUCGUCUUCUUCUACGCCAUUACACAGUGGCUGCAGCCUCUAGCCUGUUUAUGGGGGCAAGAAUCUGUGUGCAUCCGGUCGGCAUCGGCGCAUUAUGGCCAAAAUUAUGCCAAACUAACGUGGGACCACGGCCAGUGGAAGUCUGAAGUAGUCACCAAGGAAUACGACCUCGUUACGGAGACUAUUCUACAGGGACUGGUGACGUGGGGGUUGGAUACGCGAACGUUGGUCUCCGUCGGUGUUAUCAUGUUGCUGCGGUGGAGCGGCAUGCUGUCGUGGUGGAUCUAACUAGGUAGUCAGAUCUAUUGGUGAGCUCAAGACUGUAUUUACGGUCGAGUGAGUGUAGUACAUACCAAAAAGCUGUUGGAACCGCGAUCGAUCGCAGUUCUAACGUUAUCCACUACUGUCGUUCACAAGCAAAUGGAAAAUGAAUGGCACUACUUACUGUAAUA